AUGAUCGAUAACAUCCUAAAAGGACUAAGAUAUUUGGUAGAACAACGGACGAGAAAUCAGAAUGCCGCCGUCGCUGAGGUACCCCAAGUAGGUCCUUUAGCCGUGAACAUCAAUGAAGGCAUGCAAAUGCACAAGUUAGUGGAAUCAAUUUUGAAGUUGAAGCCACCUAAGUUUGCGGGAGAAGGAGACCCUAAAGCUGCUACCCAGUGGAUUAAGGAACUUGAGAAGGUGUUUGCCUUGCUAAGGUUCAUUGAUGAGAACAAGAUUACUCUAGCCGUCUAUCGGAUGCGGGGUAAUGCAAGCAAUUGGUGGGAGGCAUUCAAAGGACAAAUCUUUCCUAAAGGCGCAAUUUUGAGGUGGGAUACAUUUGUGGAAGCCUUUUAUGGCAAGUAUUUUUUAGAUUGCGCUCGGGAACGGAAGUUGAAUGAAUUCAUGCAUCCGCGUCAAAAUCGGAUGACGAUGGACCAAUAUGAGGCAAGAUUUACAGUGUUGUCUCGAUAUGCUCCAAGAAUGGUUGAGAAUCUUAAGGAUAAAGCUAAGAGAUUUCGGGAUGGUUUGGGACCCAAGAUAAAGGAUGUAUUGGUGCCCUUUAACCUAAAGGACUAUAUUGAGCUAUAUCAGAGCCCAAUUGGUAGAAACGAAUUUGAUGGAAAGGGCUGCCACUACUUCUAG